AUGGACGGCGGCAUGUCCGUGUCCAGACAUGACUGUAUCGACAUCUCUAGACAUCUCCAGAACAGUAGCCCACAGGUGCUUCUGCAUCUCGCUCUCGAGGGCGCCGGAAAUGGAUCAGCGCCUCCAUGUGGAGGUCGGGUUAGACAGCGAUGCGCAGGGGAAAAAGUGCACACCCCUCCCGCGAGACAGUUGAACGAAUUGUAUGGCCACCAUGCAGGGAAUUUCUCCGGCAAUUCAACGUGGACUCCAGCUAAUUUUGCUGAAGCGCCGAACGGUAAAGAGACCACCAGGGUACAGCUCCCGGGGCCAUCUUUGCAGUAA